AAGGAUACCCUCUGAAAAGCUUACCCGUUGAAAAGACACAAUUUGCCUCCCUUUCAAAACACCUCCGUAUUUCUGGGCCUUCCUCUUUCCUUUAUGACCAUGCAGGAUAUCAAGGAGGAGAUCCGGGGCGUCCUGUCGAGGCUGCUCCAGAGGAAGACAGAGGACGGGGAGGCCCUGGCUGUGGGGGAGGAGCAGGUGGUUAUCUCUCGACAGCAGUGCCCAGCGGUGCUCCUCUCUGCCAAUAAAAAUCUUCCUGAAAUACUUCUUGUGGAGAAAUUUACUCAGCACAAGAGACUUUGCAGCAGCACCAGCACCACCUGCAGCACCCCAGUGUCUAAGAGGAAUGGCCACACGCCCCACACAGAUGGCUUACAAUAUGGGGCCACUGAUCUGGAUGUGACGGGCUCUCCUCUCAAGUGCCCCUUCAUGCAGGAUAAUGAAGACUUGUCGCCAUUCACCAUUGCCCUCAACCCUAGCAGUGGCAAGAAGAAAGGGAAAGCAAGCCUCACCUACAUUCCCAUUCCAAGUGCCAAGGCCAUCUUGAUUGCCUCAAAGCUCAACUUAGCACUGUGUAAGCUUCCCGAGCAGGCAGAGUUUGUGCCUCUGUGGGUUGUCUGUGAUGGGAAGGAUGCCCAGGGGACGCUGUUUGUCGGCAUUCACCGGGAGAAGGACACUCACUCUCGCACGUUGGUCACUUCAGGGGGUCCCUACCAUGACAUUGAUACCCUCCCCUCCCUGGACCACCUCAUGAGGCACCACAUGGCUGUUGGACCCACUAAACGGGUGGACACUGCUGUGGAGGCAACUUACAGUGUCUUGCCCAGCGAGGAUGAGGUGAGGAGCUCCAGUGUCAGCCUCACCUGCACCUGGAAGCGUCCUCUUAUUGUCCUAAGUUCCCCUGCUCCAGACGCAUCCACCAUUGCUAACGUGCAUGUGGAAUGUGGAGACCCUCGCAGCGCCGCCCACCAGAUGUACCUAGAACUUAGUGUCCUGCGGGGGUUUGUGAAUGGCAUGGAGACAGGUGAGGUGUCCUGGUUCGUCCGUGAGAACUCGAGGACCAUGGCGGAGGAGCUGGAGGACGUGUUUUCCAGCAUCAAGGAAAAAGGUGCGCGAGCGAAGAGAGAGGACGAGGGAGGCUUUGACUUUGACAUGAUGAUCGAGGGCCAGUUCUUCAAUUGGCGCCAGAACAUGGACUUCACCGACCGCCUCUGGAGCAUCCUGAUGAGAUGUGAGUCGUACCAGGAGUUACAAGACGGCCUGAACUUCGUAUUCAAGGCAGUGGCAGGCGAGGAGAUUAGGCCUCAGAUCCACGCCCGCAACACCACACAGGUCGGAUGUUUGCUGCGUAACUUGAUGCGGGGACAAGGAGGGCUGCCGGAGCUCACUGGUCUCACGCCUCUUCACAUGCUGGUCGAGAUGGGCUGUGAGAAGAUAAAGAGGGACUACAUCAACAUCUUCCAGGCUGGAGAACUUGUGACAGGGGAGCAGCUGGCAUGGUUUGUGAGGGGCGAGGCAGCAGCAGGAGGAGCAGGUAGCAACAUGUCUCAUGUGAUAGCUCAACUAGAGAGGCUUCAUGUGGCUCUCCAGGUGGUAGUGGCCCUCAGAACCUACCUCAACCUGUCCUUGACCUCACUGACCCAUUUCACAGCCCAGGUCCUGAACCAGAUGAAGGAGGAGCAGCCCACCAGCAACCACUCCUUCUCAUUGAAGCUUGACACCCUCUCUGUGCACGCCCAGUUUGAAAGCAUGAAGGAGGAUACAUGGGAGGUUAGUCUCCACAGCCAAGAAGGUUCCUACUCCAAGCUGUUGGUGUGUCACUUCUCCCACACACCUCUCAUCCAGCUUCCCUCCAAUGACUCAGAAUUUGAUGAGGUGGUGGAAGGUGAGGUGAAGGAAAAGGAAGAAUAUGAAGAUGAGUAUUUCUGCACCUUCUUCUCCAGUGUCACUGACAAACUCCUGCAGCAGUGAAAAAAAGUUCCAGCGGCCACCAUACUCCCUCCCUCUGUGGCGAUUAGUUCAGCUUAUAGACAUAUUUUUGAUGUUACUUUUAUUAAUCUUUACAAAGAAAUCUCUUGAAAGUU